UGUGCUCGUACGCAUGCGCUUAUAUUAUAUCCGGGUUUACUUAAAGCUUGAAAGAGAAAGGAAGAGGUUCAAUUGAACCAAAAAAAUAUACAUUUCUGUUAUCAAAAAACAAUGGCCCUGAAGCGAAUCAACAAAGAGCUACAGGAUCUUGGAAGAGAUCCCCCAGCACAGUGCUCUGCAGGUCCAGUUGGAGAUGAUUUAUUUCACUGGCAAGCAACAAUAAUGGGUCCGCCGGACAGUCCUUAUCAGGGUGGUGUGUUUUUCCUAACUAUACAUUUUCCUACAGAUUACCCAUUUAAACCACCAAAGGUUGCCUUCACAACAAGAAUAUAUCAUCCAAAUAUAAACAGCAAUGGAAGUAUUUGCUUAGACAUCCUCCGGUCACAGUGGUCCCCUGCUUUAACGAUAUCAAAAGUGCUACUGUCGAUCUGCUCACUGCUGUGUGACCCAAACCCCGACGAUCCCCUCGUCCCUGAGAUUGCCCGCAUCUUCAAGACAGACAAAAACAAAUACAAUGAUCUUGCAAAGGAAUGGUCAAAGAAAUAUGCCAUGUGAUGCCUGGAAAAGGAGAAUAAGACAAAUCUGAUCGUAUGAAACAACACCAUUCAACAAGUUAAAUAUAAAAUGUUAAUUAGUGCUAGGUGAUCAGUCCUGUAUAUUUUGUAAUGUAAGUGCUAACCUUCACAAUAGCAGUUGUUAAAAGUGGUAAUUUUGUCAAUUGUUGAAUUAUCAGAUGAUUGAGGUUUCUUUUUUGAACCAUGUAAUAUAUGAACACUUAUGUUGAUUCUUCUGCAUAUUUUUUUUUAACAAGAAAAGCAAUCAUUUCCAAGCUGUGUUAUUAAAUCAGAGUGGUAAUGUUCACUAACUAUGAUGACAUUUGAGAAUGUAGGUGUGAGUGGUUGAUGACGGUUUUGUAAUGUGGCAAUAUCAGUGAUUCAUGUUCAUGGUCUACACUUGUUUAUUACUCUAAAAUAGUUAUUUAUGUUCUUGUUAGCUGAAAUCAUCUUGGAAAGAAAGCUGUGUAUUUGAUUUUGAGCUCAGUGGAACUGUUUAUCCCAUGAUUUGUUAAGAAUCACUUUGUAAGUAGUAAGAAAAAUGACAAAAAUCACUUAAAUAUUACUUUUUGUUAAAAUCAUCCUUGACUUUCCUUGUGUACAUUGUUUUAUUUUGUGCUGCAUUAAAUUUAGACUCUG